AUGGCAUCAAGCAAUAUUACUUUAGUAACAGGAAAUUUGUUUAAUGCAUCAGAAACUUACUCGCUAGCUCACUGCGUCUCAAAAGAUUUAGAAAUGAGCAAAGGGAUUGCAUUAGAAUUUAGAAAUCGCUUUGGAAAAAUUGAUGAUCUCCAAUCUCAAUCCCCUGAAAUCGGGAAAACUCUUGUUUUACAUAUAGGGAAUGGUAGAUUUGCUUUUUAUUUGAUCACUAAGGAUAAAUAUUUUCAAAAGCCGACUUAUUCAAAUUUGCAGAGGUCACUUGUAGAUCUUCGGAAUAAAUGCCUAGAUAUGAGCAUAAAUAAACUAGCCAUGCCAAAAAUUGGGUGUGGCCUGGAUAAGUUGAAAUGAGAUAAAGUAUACCAGACAAUUAAUCAAGUAUUUUGCGAGACAAAUAUUGAAAUCUUGAUUUACUCUUUUAAAGAUAUAAAUUCCUUAAAUAAUAUGGGGGAAAAGUCUAAGCUACCUGUAACAAAACUCCAACUCGCCAAAAUAUUUUCCCUCGGGGCUGCUUUCUUUGGUGAGGCUUCUAAAGCUUUAAAAAACAAGCCAACAAAAAAAAUAUCAAUCAAAGAAGAUAAACCUGCAAGAGAAAAAUCAGAAAGCCCAUCCAAGCCAAAGCAAAAAAAGCCAAAAAUAGACUUAUCCCCAACCCCAGGCACAGGCUUAUGGGCAUAUAUGGAAGAGAGGCUAAAAAUAUUAAAAAGAGAGCCAUUGCACAUAGGAACUCAAGAAAGUGUGCUUAAAAAGAUUAUUGUAAAUGAGUGAAGGGGUAUGGAUAAAAUUGACAAAGAUCGCUGGAAUGAAAAUGGUCUAAAUGAACUGCAAAAAAGAAACAAAGAGGCCAGCAAGACCCCAGUCACAAGCCCAGCAAAAGAGCAAGGAUUAUCGGCACCAUCAAAGCCAGAAGAAGUAAAGCAGCAAACACCAUUGAAAACUCCUUCGAAAGAAGAAAAAAAGAGCCACCACAAAGAUGAACAUCGCUCAGAGCAUAAAAGCAAGAAGAAAAGCGAAAAGAAGAGAUCAAGGUCAAGGUCAAGAUCAAGCUCAAGCUCAGAAUCUGAAGAAGAGAGAUCACAUAAGAAAAAACACAGGCGUAAGAAAUAUAUAGAUAAGCGUAGAUCAGACUCAGAAAGCGAAAGCAGUGGUAACGAGAAAUCAAAGAAAAAACAUAAGAGGUCUAAGUAA